AAACUGAAAAAUACUAUUGUGGUCGGCAACUAUGUAUGUACAAUCUUGCGAUUACGAACAAACGGAAUCGUGCACUGCGUUGUCCAAGAAAUGGAUAUAUAAGCUGCAUGAUACGCCAUCGAUUGUUCAUAAAGUUUAAAGUAGAUGUUCGGUUGGCUGUGAUUUGGGUAUACUCUUUUGAUUAUUAAUAAUUCGGUCUGUAGGUCGCGAAUAAUUUAUUAGACAAUGUCAGACAGGUCUGUUAAAAAAAAGGUUUUCCGAAUCGAGAAUCCAAACAAAAAGAAUGUCUACAACGUGCUACUGGUCGGAGAAACGGGAUCGGGAAAGUCGACUCUCAUCAACUAUUUGACCAACUACUUUCGCGGAGGAACGCUGCACAAUCUGAAAAUUGCGAUCCCCUCAAGGCACUAUCCUGCUACGGAAGAAUUUGAUCAUCAGGAAAAAGAUCUUCAAGAUCCCACAAAAAGCAAAACCGGAAAAUGUACGUUUUAUAAUUUCUCAUUGAAUGGCAUAGACUACGCCUUCAUUGAUACCCCAGGUCUAAGUGACACAAGUGGACGGGAUAAGGACGCUGAAAACAUAUUGAAAAUCAUGGAAGUUGCUGAGAUGACUGGAACGAUUGCAGCCAUUAUGUUGGUUGUAAAUGGAACUGUGGCUCGAACUACGUCGAAUCUAAAAGACACAAUUAAUAUGAUGAAAAGCUCUGUCCCAGAUGUUCUGCUCAGUAAUAUUAUGGUAGUUCUCACCAAUUGCUAUGAAAGUAGUGUUAAUUUUGAAUUCAAAGCGCUAAACCCUUGGACAAUUUCGGACAAAAAUAGGUUUUACAUGAACAACAGUGCUUUGAGUAGACCCAUCAAUACUUGGAUUGACGAUCCGGAAAAAUUUGAUGAGAUCGAGUAUGCCUGGAAAAAGUCCAUGAAAACAUUAGAACAGAUGGUGAAGAAAAUUACUCAACUGGGUCAUGUGGCAUCUGACGCAUUUGGAGAAAUGCGAAAAAAGAAAAAUGAAAUCAAAUCAAAACUCAAUGCCCAAAUAAACGACAUGAGAAAGCUGUAUGUAUUACAAAAUAAACUAACUGAUCUACAACAUGCAGAAAACAUUGCUUCUAUUUCAGUUUCAUCGUAUUCAAAUUACAGGCAAAAUACCGCAAUAGAAAUUGUGGACAUGUUGCCCACUCCAUAUAUUAAUGUGCUUUGCAAAAAUCAUCGCGCUUGGGUUUGCUGUCAUAAAUGUGACCGUUUCAUUUUGCCUAUGUCAUUUUGCCAAGCCUUCAGCAUUAGCACCGAAAGUUGCAACAAAUGUGGCUGCAGUAUGGCGCAUCAUUUCGAUGCUAGUUAUAAACCAGAAAAAAAGACACAAACGAUUGAAAUGAUACUGCAGGAAACUAAACAACGCUAUGAUGAAAGUAAACAACAGCAAGCAACAAUUCAAAGCCAAAUAAGCAGCCUCAGUGGUGAUCUUGACCUCCUGAAGAAAGAUCUAGACGCAAAAGCACUUACAAUUGUCGAUAACUGCAAGGAACUUCAGAAAAUAUGUUCACAGUUCAGUUUUGCGGACGAGUUAGCAAAUACCAUAGCCAUAAUGAAAACCGAUGCUGGCUUUGUUACUAAUAUGGAAGUUAAAGCAGAUGCUGUAGCGAGAAUCGACAGAAUUCAAAGUCUCACGAAAUCACUCAACGUCAACACGAAACCCGGUGGAAGCCGUUAAACUCGAAGUCGACGACAAGGAUUCUCCCCUCUAUAGUCUAUAUUCUCAAUUUAGUUGAAAAUCGGAGUUUUCGACUAGCGAAGUUGGAUUUAUCUUUCUGGAAUAAACCUGGUCCGCUAUAUACAGCGCACCACUUCCGAAGUUAGGUUCAACGCACGGAUUUGGAGAACAAUCCAACUUCGCUAGUCGAAAAUUCCGGGAUUCAACUGCACGGACAAUACCUCCAUGCUGACGCAACUCUGCGAUCCACUGUGAAAGACGGAGUGAUUGUCUUUUAAGGCGAAACUGGAAGCAUUUCCUCAUUUUUUUGGAUUUUGAUUUUAAAUAAAAUAACGAAGCAAUAUAUUUAAAAUCAGUUUUCGUACACAUGUAGAGUAUGGAUCAAGGUAUCUCCUGAAUUUUUCCCUGGUGGAAAAAGUUUUUCGAUUUUGCAGAAACCAUUUUUAAACAAAAUUGCACAAAAAAAUGGUUUCUGCAAAAACGAAAAACUUUUUCCACCAGGGAAAAAUUCAGGAGAUACCUUGAUCCAUACUCUACAUGUGUACGAAAAUCGAUUUUGAAAUUAUUGCUUCGCUAUUUUAUUAAAAAUCAAAAACCGAAAAGUGAGGAAAUGUAUCCAGUUUCGCCUUAAAUACAGCGAUUUCGAUGAAGACAACUGCGAUGAAAUGGCUUUUCUGGUUUUUAAUAUAACUUUUACUGAAAUAAAAGACAAUAAUAGUGUCAUUUGUAAUAUCCGAUAUCCGUACAUCUGAAGUUGUUAACACGUAAGUAUCCUAGUAUCCAGCAAGUGUACGUUGAGGCUGUCUAUGGUUACAAGUAAGCAGGGUCGAAUAUUUGAUAAGGAAUAAACCCAAACAAAAACAAUUGUUUGACACUAAUUAAAUUUCGAUCGGGUCAAACAUUAUGUUUAAGCAUUGGUUUUCUGGGUGUUUUCUGUGUAGCAGAAGGUCGGCUCCAGAGGCACGUUAUCGCACGAAUUUUACUUGAAAAAUAAUGUUUGGAUAAAAUUCACGGUAUUCAAU